UUGCUUUAUCACGCUAUUUGUCUCGGAUUGGUGCGUUGUUGUUUUGUGCGAUAAGAAAGGACUAGGUAGUGUGCGCACUCGGUGACCAUUUUUGCUGGUGGUUGUAAUCGGCCAGGUUCAAGAGCACCACCGUGCCACUAUUCACCCAAGAUCCACAGUACGGGUCUUCUUCCUCAGCAGUCAGCAAGUGUCGUUAGGUGCGAGUGGUCUAAAUUUACCAAAGGUAAUAUAAACUGUGAUCUGGCAAUUCUCCUUUUUUUUAAAUCAACCGAAAGGUGUAUUCGACAACAGAAACGAACAACCUCAAGAUGUCUCAGGCCGACACCGUGUUCCAGUCCCGUUCGGACGGCAUCUCUGCCGAGGGUGUGCGCGAUCAGUAUGCCGAUGGUAAGGCGGCUAAGGUGUGGGAAAUUUUCAUCGGUGACAAAAAGUCCCGUACCGAGAACUAUCGCAAUUUCCUCGUGGAAAAGCUACGCCAAAAUGGUGUCCGCCGCAUACUGGAUGUUGCCUGUGGAACGGGUGUGGAUUCGAUUAUGCUGCUAGAGGAAGGAUUUGAAGUCGUUUCCAUUGAUGCAUCCGACAAGAUGCUAAAGUACGCGCUGAAGGAACGUUGGAAUCGCCGCAAGGAAUCAAGCUUUGAUAAAUGGGUUAUUGAGGAGGCCAACUGGCUCACGCUGUACGAUGACAUCAAACAUCUACUCAAGGGAGGUUUCGAUGCGGUUAUGUGUCUAGGAAAUUCUUUCGCCCAUCUACUCGAUAACUUUGGCGAUCAGCGCGAACAGAUUCAGGCCAUACGUAACUUUGAAAAAUGCGUUAAACCGGGCGGUUUGCUAUUGAUCGAUCACCGCAACUACGACAAUAUCAUGGACACUGGUGCAACGCCCGCCAAGUGCAUCUACUACAAUAGCAGCCACACGACAGACAUCAAAACGUCAGUACUGUACGUUGCCUCAAAGCCAACGCUUGUCACGCUGGAUUACCAGAUCAGUACGGGUAGCGAUGUCAGCGAGUUCCGAUUAUCGUACUACCCACACAAGCUGCGUGUUUUUGAAGAAAUUCUGCAGACAAUCUUCCGCGGCAACAAGCUGCACGAAAUCUAUGGUGACUUCAAACCACUGACCGGUGUCUCCAAUCCGGCCUUUUACAUUCACGUUGUCCAGAAAGCUUCAUCCUAAGUAUCCACCAUUCAUCCUGUCGCUGGACAAACUGUACUCCAAGUGAUCUACUAGUCGGAAACUGAGAAUUCAAUCCAGAAAUAAAGUAACACACUGUCGAGUACUGGUUUAUCCAACCAUAA